AUGACGUCUUUCACCCCCCGUCGGGUCGCCUUUGAGCUGGUCUCCGCCUUCGAUCAUCCCUCGCCCCCGGACAGCAACAGCCCGUCCACUCCCUAUGACGAGUCGGUCACCUAUCGUCGCUGCGGACGCAGACCGGCCAUGAUCGGUCGGCACGAUCGCAAAGGCGAGGUGUCGAUCAAGGGCAACACCAUCUGGAACCCCGCCUUUCUUCCCAGCCCCGGCGGUACCAUCGGUUUGGAGGGUCAGUACGUCGAUGAGGAGACAGGCAUGCUGUAUCUGUCGGACGAUGCUGUCAAAGGGAGGAUCUGGCGUGUCACUAACCACACUGCCGAGACACUCAUGGCCAUGUCUGACCGCGAGGAUGCAGAGGAAGAGGAGCUCAUCCGUCUCUCCCACUCCCUCCUCCCACCGCCGAUCGACCUCGGUCUCAUGGAGCCCACUCCUGCUAUCCCACAGAGACUCACCGUCGACCACGCCAACCUUCCCUCUCCCGGCCUCGAUCUGGUAUUUGCAGACCCACCCCCUCUGACCGUCGCUCCACGUCGCCUAAUCUACCCACCCAUGCCUACCUCGCCACUCCCCUCACCCCUCUACAGCCUCGCCGAUAUUGCUCCCUCCCCAAAGCGCGUCUGGUUCGGCCCGGGUGACUUUGUCCGCGUCACCCCUGAUCACAAGCGACUCGCCCGAGAGCUGGUCGGCGAGGACUGUACCGAGGAAGAGCCAGAGUCGCUGGAGGAUUACUUUGGUGACUGGUCCGCAAGCUCCAAGGCGCUCAUCUUCGCCAAACCGCCGGCCACCAUCGAGGUCCCGCGGGUUUGGGUCUGGGGGAACACCCACUUCGAGCUCAUCCCCGUCGCUGAGCUCAUGGCCAAGCGGAGCAAGCGAUCGAGGCAGGCGUCCCCUGGAGCUUCCCUUCCGCACCCCAAACACGCCGAGGGCUCUAGUCAGUGUCGAUCUCGACAUUCGUCUAGGCCUCGCCUCGGUAUCCUCAUCGUAUCGGCAUGGUCAAUCCCUGCCAUCGACCCCCAUCGCAUACUCUCCUCAAUCACUCCGUCGGUAUCUCCCUCCCACCUAUGA